UACCACCAGAAUGCAAGAGUGAAACUGCCAAAAAGUGAGGCCACCCCAAAAACAAAGUGAGAUUAUAGGAAACAAAAAUUUCUUUGCUUAAUACUAGUUCCUCCUUUCUCCUAGCCUGGUAGUCUUUUGAAAAUUCUUUAUCUUGAUCACAUAAUUUUCAUUUUGAACUUGAAGAAAGUUUUAGUGUAUUUUUUUUUCCUUAAAGAAACAGAACAUAUCCUGUUCUUUCUUUCUCUGUUUGCAUUUUUGUUCACUUCUUUCUUUCUUUCUUAUUAUCUAGUUAAGCAUGACAACAUUUAUGGACAUGUACAACACUACUAGUAGCAUCAUGACACCGGAUUUCUUAGACCAGUGUAGUGAUCAAGAGCUGAUGAAAGCACUUGAGCCUUUUAUGAAAAGUGAUUCAUCUAGCACUACUUCCUCAUCAAUAACAACAUACCCUUCAUUCUCUUCUUUUUCUUCUUCUCCCAACUUGUCCUCAACAACAUGGAGCACCCAAUUUUGCUCCUCAAGCUACCACCAAAAGGGUCCAACUCCAACCCAAGCUAGUUCCUUCAAACUGAACCAACUCACCCCAUCACAAAUAUUUCAAAUUCAAACCCAAAUCCAGGUUCCACGAGCCCAGUUUCUCAGCCCAAAGCCCAUUACCAUGAAACACGUGCGGGCUUCUUGUUCUAAUUCAAAGGCCACGAAGCUUUACCGUGGGGUGAGGCAGAGACACUGGGGCAAGUGGGUCGCUGAGAUCAGACUCCCUAAGAACCGCACACGUCUCUGGCUCGGUACAUUUGAAACCGCAGAGGAAGCAGCUUUGGCUUACGACAACGCAGCGUUUAAGCUAAGAGGAGAAAACGCGAGGCUCAACUUCCCUCACCUACGUCACCAUGGAGCGCGUGUGUACGGUGAGUUUGGGAACUACAAGCCUCUCCCUUCUGCGGUUGAUGCGAAGCUCCAAGCCAUUUGUCAAAGCUUAGGGACCAAAUUGCAGAAACUGAAAACUGAUCAAAACCCUGUUGUAGAUGCAAAGGUUAAGAAGACAUCGAAGUUCGAGGAUUUUAAGAUUGAGAACCGAACAUCAUCAUCCUCGGCGUUGUCGGAUGAAUAUUCUUCUUCUUCUUCUUCGCCCGAAUCCGAUAUUACUUUCUUGGAUUUCUCGGAUUCUUGUGAAACAACAUGCAAUCUUGGGUUGGACUUGGAAAAGUAUCCUUCCGUGGAGAUUGAUUGGGCAGCUUUAUCUGAGUCAUGAAUGAUGUUAGUGGUUUUGUCUUUGUUGAACGGUUUAAUGAUUUGAUGUGUUUUAGGUUUUUUUUUCAUGUGUCUUGGGCAGCAGCUGCAACGAAAUUUUUUACCGUUGAAGCAGUUGCUAUGCUGAGUCAGGUUGCUAACUUUAGUGUACUGCUGUAGAUAGAUGGGUCACAGCGGUUUGGUUAUUAUGGUUUUCUUGGUCUGCUGGUAUUUUUUAUUCCUGCAUGACCAAGCUAGCUUCAACUCUUUUUUUUCUUUUUAAAUUGAUAGAAAACAAGGUAGCUUCAACUACUUGUUUGUAGUUCGAAUGUAAUUUAAGUGCCUUAAUGCAAGUUUUGGAAGUUCUUGUAAA